GUUUUAGGAGGAAGUUCUGGUAUUGGCCGAGGUGCAGUUCUUUUGUUGUCUAAACUUGGUUGCAGUGUUGCUUUUGGAGGGAGAAACAAAACUGAACUUGAUAAUGUGGCAGCUAAAUGCAAAGAGGCCAGAAGCGAUGCUCAGGUAAUUAACCUUUUCCCUCCCAAAAGGCGUCCAGUCAUCAAAUAAAAACACAUUAACCACUGAAACAUUUCCAACUGCCAUAACAGAGGCUCCCUUAGGGUAAAAUUCCAACAAGCGACAUGGCCUUUAAACAGUGGUGUAAGGCAGACGAAAUGUUGACAAAUAACAUGAAGAUGGUUUGAAGCUGCGACACUCGCAAAUACAAUUAUAAAAUACCGACAGUGACAUGCCCUUCUUUUCAGUGCAGAAAAUGCUGACCCACUUUAAAAUUCAGACCAGGGAUAUUAUAUGUAUACACCCCACCAAGAAGGCUUCUGUACAAGUAGUUCUUAAUGUAGUGAAUUACACAGUAACUCCCGAUAAUUCGAACCUUCUAGCAGGUGUUCUAGGGAAAUCAAUCCACCAUUUGUCUACACAAACUUACUUAGCCCUCGUUAAAAUUCCCCAAUCCUGCUAUUUUAUCCCUAGGAUUCUGGCAUCCCAACCCUAUAAAUAUAGGAAAUCCUGCUCCCACUUGUCAUUGAAUUCCCUCUUCCCGCUCCUGUUUUUAGCUUGCAUCCCAAGUAUCACCACAAAAAAUAGCCAAACCCUGCAUCCCGGCAAACCAACUGUGGACCCUCAGUUAUUGGGAGUUUGAGUUAUACAUGUAUAGACAUGUACUCAAAAAACUUCAUUUGAUUUAUUUUAAUUGGAUUGAUUUAUUUUUUAAGUACUUAGAUAAUUCAUUUGAAUCCCCAGCCAUAAUACUUGAAACAAGAUUACAUCUUUAAGGAGUCUUUUAUGGUUUGUAAUGGAAAGAGUGCGAUGUUUUGUCAGGUUUUACCAGUGCAAGGUGAUUUAGAAAAAGAUGAAGAUAUAAAAGCACUUCUUGAGGCCACAAUAAAACAGUUUGGAAAGCUGGAUAUUUUGGUAAGAACAAUGUUGUUGCAGUUGAUGGCACAAACCCAGCCCUUUAAGUAACUUUCCUUUCAAAUUAUGGUAUAAUGGUUGUAUAAGCGACUAUUACCCAAAAUAUUCAACUGAAUUUGAUGUAAUAUAUGUUAACCAUGUUAUGUACAUCCUGGACACCACAUAUUAAACAGCCAAGAAAAAUAGUUGUCUGAAGAUCGCCCCCUGGGGGGGGGGGGAAUAGUCAGAGAUUGUUAAGUCCCUAGUGGUUUCUUUACAGUGUACUUUCCACAAGAAUCAGAUCAGUGAACGUGCUCUGAUAUGGGACCUGUGGUUAUUUUAAAUUGUCCUUAUUUAAUCACCUAAACCCUAUUUAUCAAAAUUUAAAUUCUGACUCACUUGUUCCCCUCAUGCAUUUCGUUUAAAAGUNCCACAAGAAUCAGAUCAGUGAACGUGCUCUGAUAUGGGACCUGUGGUUAUUUUAAAUUGUCCUUAUUUAAUCACCUAAACCCUAUUUAUCAAAAUUUAAAUUCUGACUCACUUGUUCCCCUCAUGCAUUUCCUUUAAAAGUGUUGGGGAAAAGUUAAUUGUCUUGUGCAAUCAUGUCCUUAAGUUUCAUUGCCAAUCAGUUGUUUUCCUGCAAGGUUGUGCUCUAAAAAAAAAUUGAAGUGAGCCCAGUACUCUGAACUUGUGAAAUCCAGUGUGCCCAGCUUAUGAUUUCUAUGAAAAAGCUAAGAUUUUCGAGUUGCCCAAGAACAAAAGUUAGGCGCCACGGGCCACCAGGCUCUGCUAGAGCACAGCCUUGUCCUGAAAAGGUUUGAUACUGAUCUGAUUCUUAACCCUUUAAUUAGGGCUUAAAUAGUUAAGAAGGCUAGAAGUUCGAGCAGUUUGCAGAUUUGAACCUGGGGGGCAUCCAGGAUUUUUCUUAGGAGGGGGUGCACCACGAAGGAAUAGUGUAACUGACUGGUGACUUAAAGAAAUUUUAAUACAGAAUACCAGUUGUAUUAGAAAGCCGCAGGUCAUCUCAGAGGGGCGGGAGGGGGGGCGGGGUGCACACUCCCUGCCCCUCCCCCUAGUCAAGAUCCGGCCCCGGAAACAAUGGCAGUUUUUAAUUUCACAUCAGAUGAUAUCCAAACACAUCUUAGCAGCGUAUGAUAUCUUCCAUUAAUGUGUUGUGUGACCUUAAUGUUUGGAUGAUUUAUUUUUAAAUCCUUAUUUAUAUAAUUUGUGUGCUCUGAUUGGUCAAGAGGCGUGUUUGCAUAAGAGUAUGUAAACAUGGUUGUGACAUCAAGAUGUUUUGCUUUUUGCACACUAAUCACGAAAGCACAAAUUUGAAAACGUUUUUUAGUUAAAAACUUAACAAGUUUACUUUAUUUACCCAUUCCCUUAUUGGCUGAAACUUGGAAAAUUGUUAGAAACAUGCUGUGUCAAUUUGUUUCUGCUUAGCUGACAUUUUAAGUGAGAAAAGUCUAUAUUGUGGAAAGCAUAUUUUUUGCAAAACAAGAACUGGUUAUGCAAACGAGACUUUGUGUACAAGACUUCGCGACUGGCAAGAAUUUCUCUUUUAAUCAGUGCCAUUAAGAUAACAAAGAAAAAAGUAAUAAAAGCAAUAGAAAUUUUUUUCCUGUAUUUGCAUAGCCUGAUAUAAACUCUCCAGGGAUUGGGAGAAUUCUCUACAGUUAUGCAAACCCUUGACUUCAUCUUGGGUUUGCAUAACUGUCUCGAAUUCUCCCAACCCCUCUCAUGUUUAUAUCAGGCUAUACAAACACCGAAAACGUUUUCUAUUACUUAAAUAUUUUCUCCUAUACUACAGGUUAAUAAUGCCGGUAUCGUUGCUAAAGGAACUAUUGAAAGUACAUCCCUGGAAUCAUUUGACAAAGUAAUGCGGAUAAAUACAAGGUGAUAUGUACAUCACGUUAAAUUCCUAAAGUAAACUAGUAACGGGUGCAUAGAAAAAAAGGUGUUGGUGUCCUUGUUGAAACCCAAUGACAAAACUGAAAUGAGAUAAAAGGUUUUUUUUUUUUUCAGGGGGAAGGGGUUGGUUAUUCCUCAGUGCACAUGGUAAUUUAGCUGUUUGAUGAGCCCUCUAACUGGAAAGAGUUUGUUAAUGGUGAUAUUCAGGUCCAAAAACUUUUAACCUCUGCUUGAACAUGUUGUAGCGAGGUUGAACUGAGAAGUAUGAAGUUGUCAAAUUGUGGAAUGACUUUUGAGACGAAGAAAAUAGCCGAGUUGAAAUAGUCAGAAAAGAGAAUAGUAUUUCAAGUGUUUCUGAGUUCACUUUGGUCGCGAAAUAUGUUUGUGGGAACUGGAAAACCAUUUACAGUUCGGCUUUUACGUAAAUCUUUGGCAUGAGUACUCUAAUGUUUACAAUAUUAAUAUUGAACAAAGGUUGUAGAUUCACGCAGGAAUCGAGAAGCAACAAUCGAGAAUCGAGUCUCGAUUCUCGAUUCUUACGAGUAUCGACAAUCGAGUGUACUUACUUUUGAACGGUGCUGUAUCUUCCGAUUCACAGGGCAGUUUUUUACCUGACAUCCUUAGCUGUACCCUAUCUGACAGAAACAAAAGGUAACACACGCUAUGUCAUCAGAGAUACUUAGAUACUGACUCGGCUGCGUGAGAACAUCUCAUGAAACAAAGCUUAAACCAUAUACCUUAUUGGUACUAAUUUUCGCGAUUUUGGUGAGAGAGUAUUUCACGGGGUUUUAUUUUCGCGAUUCCAAUAGGCAAAUAUGAAAAAAGGGCAUUAAUCUUCGCGAUUCAAGCAUUCUCACUUUCAUUUUAUCUUUCAAAAAGUGGGAACUUAAUAUUAAAAUUUAGGAUAAAAUGGAACAAGCAAUUUUUAACACACGGAUUCUCUACCUCUGGACUUUUUACUCCAUACAUCUAUGUGAGAUCUUUGCACUUACAUGUAAUGUUCAGGUAUAUUACAUGUUGCGUGUUUAAAUUUGGCGAGGAUUUUUAUUCGCGCGUCAUUAAUUUCCGAUUUUUUUACAAUCGCGAAAAUUGCGAAAUUAAAGGCCGGGGAAUGUAAUUUUUAAUAAGGUACUAUACAUACUAUAGUAAUAUAGAUGUACAGUCAGGGCAUCUUUUGAAGGCCUGCAUUUUGGUGGCUUUUUUGGCUUGGCAAUGAUUGUAAAGAAAACAAUAAAGAUACUUUUAAAUGCUCAUGAAGUGCGAGGUCUUUGUUUGGUGACUUUUUUGGCUUUAGAAUGGAUAGUUAAGGGUGCAAUUUACGCUUUUCCCAGCUACACAUCCAAAUUUGCAAUCGUCAUGUUAAUUAAGCAGUUAGAUGCUGGUAUGCAGCUAGAUUAAACUUUAGAAGAAUUUUAAGUCAGACCUCAUCCAGUGUUUUGUUAUGUCAACCAUACAAGUUGCACAACAUCCAAAAUGUUGAAGCAUACUACCUGUACACUAUAUCUGCCAAAAUAACACGCAGGCCUCAGCGUUUACAAAAUUGGGCGCGUAAAUGAGAAAACUUAGCCUUUUUUAUUACUUCGUCAAGCAAAAAUCUCCCAAUUUUUGCAAUUUACCAGAGCAAGUUCUCCUUUACUUGUUGGAACGUCCUAGAUUGAACUUGCCUUGCAACGUUUUCGUUGCAGUAGUGAUUGCAAAAAUAGAACUUGCUUCUCAUGUUUUCAGAUGGUUAGUCAAUUAAUCACGACGGAGCUAAAUGAAACAUUACUUACAUGUAGUGUGAUGGUGUUCUCCAGUAUCUAAAAUCAGUUGUAAAAUCUUAAUGUAUUUUACAUAUGCCAAAAACCAAGAAGCUAAAUUCUCUCUCGCAUUAAAUUUCAUUUCUCUAAUUUUUAAAACCAAUUCAAUAAUUAUUAUUAAUAUGUAAUAUAUAUUUUUUUGCUUUAGGGUGCGUUGUGAAUGUUUCUAGUGUCAAUGGCAUGAGAUCGGUAAGUUUACCAUCGUAA